UGGGAGGAAUGCACUUGGCGCCAAGCUGGAAGAGCACUGGAGGUGCACACUGGCUUUAAACAUUCAAGAAAUCGUAUAUAAUAUACGAUGGACAUAAGAAAGUAUUUCCAGUCUCAGUUGCAAAACCAAGCUGGGGAGAAGGAGAGGCUGACAAAGAACAGGUCCUCCAAAGCUGAGGGCGAUGUGAAGGUGAAAAAGUCUGGAUCCAAGGGGAAGAGUCCAAAAAGUGAUGAUAAGUCAUCGGUAAAGCGAAGGAAACGUAACAUCAUCAACUCAGAUUCAGAAGAAGAAGUGCCAGACAAGAAGCCAAAGAUAUCCUCGAAAGAGAUCAAGAAACCUGCAGCCACCCCCAAAAAGGAUCCUGUGGAAUAUGUGUCAGAUACAGAUUCAGAAGAAGCAACAGACAAGAAACCUGAUACACCUGCAAGCGAGGCCAAGAAAUCUGCAGCACCUGCCAAGAAGGAGGCGGUGGAAUACGUGUCAGGCACAGACGAAGAAGACGUCUUUGUGUCCCUGAAGACGCGCCAGAAGCCCAAGGGGAACAGCGUGUCGUCCGCGGGGCGCCCAGGCAGCGGGGAGAAGAAGGUGGCAGGGAAGCUGCUGGCGAGCCCCCCGACCCCGAAACCCCCGGCCGUGGCCAAGCUCACCCCCACCUGUGCGCAGGACUUCUUCGGAAGUGGCAGCGUGCAGAGGUCCAGCGAGAAGCUGGUGGCCAGCCGCAAGAGGAAAGCAGUCUCGCAGGACCCCGACGACUUCACUGCAAGUGAUGAGGCCAUUGCGUGGCAGCUGCACGUCGACGACCAGGAGAAACAGGCACACGAAGAUGAGAUGUUUGCGAGAACGCUGGCCAUGAUGGACGAGCCCACCAGACCCAAAAAGGUCCGGAAGGACUCAGUAGAGCAGCACCCCCCUGUGACUACAGCGAAUAACAGCAGUCCAAGCACACCGCAGAAAAGCACUGAGAGACGAGCAGCUCUCAGUUCACCGCACAACGGAAAGGAAGAGAAGCAGAGACCACAGGGCCAGGAGAGCCGUUCACACAGCCUCAGCUCCAAAGAGCCGUCUCCUCAGAAACCUUUGCCACAGAAGACCAGCUCCAAGCUGGCCCUCAUGAAGAGAAAAGAGGAGACGAUCAAGAGGGAUGUCCCCGCGGAGCCUCCUUCGGAGAAACAGGCUGCAACGACACCCAGAUCUGACAAGCCUCCCGUGAAGAAAGAGGCCGAAACGUCGCAAAGAAGUGACCAGAUCUCGCCCAUGAAAAAAACCGUGACAACACCGCCCAAAACCGACAAGGUCUCGCCAAAGACAAAACCCGUAACCACGCAGAGAAGCGAUAAAAUUUCUCCCUCAAAAUCUGAGUCGACAAGCCCUGAAGAGUCGGAGAAGAAGCGGCUGAACUCUCAGGCCUAUCGCAACUUCUUGAACAGGGAAGGGCCUCGAGCGCUCGGAUCGAAGGAAAUCCCCCAGGGUGCGGAGAACUGCCUGGAGGGCCUGACGUUUGUGCUGACCGGAGUCCUGGAGUCCAUGGAACGCGAGGACGCCAAGUCUCUCAUCGAGCGCUAUGGCGGCAAGGUCACUGGCAGCAUCAGCAAGAAGACCAGCUACCUAGUGCUGGGCAGGGACAGCGGGGCCUCCAAAACCGAGAAGGCUCACAGCUUGGGCACUAAAAUCCUUGAUGAAGACGGCUUGUUGGAUCUUAUCCGCACCAAGCCAGGCAAGAGGUCCAAAUACGAGCUUGCAGCUGAGGCCGAGCACAAGAAACCGAACUCAAAAGGCCCAGAUAGACCUGUGAAGGCCCAGACCCCGCAGAAGGUGGCCACCCCAGGGAAGAAGACCCCCACUCCCCAGAAGGAGCAAAGAGGGGCGCCGGCGUCAUCGCCCAGCACGGCGAGGGGCUCGGCGGAGAGGGGCGAGGUUAAGAAGAGCCUGUCCUUCCAGCGCGAGCCGGCUGGGGUGAAAGCACCACAGCCAGCCCGGCAAGAGAGCAGUGGAGGGGGCCUGCUGUGGGUGGACAAGUACCGGCCCCGCUCUCUGAAGGGCCUGAUCGGGCAGCAGGGCGAGCAGAGCUGUGCCAACAAGCUGCUGCGCUGGAUGCGCAACUGGCACCACAACAACGCCAGAGGCAGGAAAGCCCCAGCGGCGAAGUUCAGUAAGUUUGGGGGGAAGGACGAUGGCUCUGCCUUCAAGGCCGCCCUGCUGUCGGGGCCCCCGGGGGUGGGCAAGACGACCACCGCUGCGCUGGUCUGCGAGGAGCUGGGCUACAGCUAUGUGGAGAUGAAUGCCAGCUCUACCCGAAGUAAGAACAGUCUGAAAGAAGUGAUUGCAGAGUCCCUCAACAACACCAGCAUCAAGAACUUUUACACAGGCACCUCUCAGACAGUCAGCAGCAAACACGUCCUCAUCAUGGAUGAGGUGGAUGGGAUGGCUGGAAACGAAGACAGGGGCGGCAUGCAGGAGCUAAUUGGGCUCAUAAAGCAAACGAAGAUCCCCAUCAUCUGCAUGUGCAACGACCGGAACCACCAGAAGAUCCGCUCUCUUGCGAACUACUGCUUCGACCUGCGCUUCCAGCGGCCGCGGGUGGAGCAGAUCAAGGGUGCCAUGAUGUCGGUCGCAUUCAAAGAAGGUCUGAAGGUGCCUCCUCCCGCGAUGAAUGAAAUCAUUCUGGGGGCCAAUCAGGACAUCAGACAGGUCCUGCACAACCUUAGCAUGUGGUCGGCCCGGGACAAAGUGAUGACCUACGAUCAGGCCAAGGCUGAUGCCAACAGUGCCAAGAAAGACAUUAAAAUGGGGCCCUUUGACGUGUGUCGGAAGGUGUUCACGGCCGGGGAGGAAACGGCUCACAUGUCCCUGAUCGAUAAGACGGAGCUUUUUUUCCACGACUACUCCCUGGCGCCCCUUUUUGUCCAGGAGAACUACAUCCACGUCAAGCCGGCCGCCGCGGGGAACAACGUCAAGAACCACCUGACGCUGCUGAGUAAGACGGCCGACAGUAUUUGCGAUGGCGACCUGGUGGACCGGCAGGUUCGCUCUCGACAGAUGUGGUCCCUGCUGCCCACACAGGCUGUCUAUGCCAGCGUGCUGCCAGGGGAGCUGAUGAGAGGCUACAUGAGCCAGUUCCCCAGCUUCCCCGUCUGGCUGGGCAAGUACUCGUCGACGGGCAAACACGACCGCAUAGUCCAGGAGCUCGCGACGCACAUGAGCCUCAGGACCCACGCCAGCAAGCAGGCGGUGAAUAUGGAGUACCUGCCCUUCCUCCGGGACGCCCUGGUGGCACCCAUGCAGCAGCGCGGGACGGAGGGGGUCGCCCAGGCUGUGCAGCGCGUGGACGACUAUGACCUCAUCAAGGAGGACGUGGACAACAUCAUGGAGAUCAGCUGCUGGGGAGGGAGGCCUGACCCCUUUUCCAAACUGGACCCCAAGGUUAAAGCUGCCUUUACCCGCACUUACAACAAGGAGGUCCACCUCACCCCCUACUCCCUGCAGACUGUGAAGAAGGGCCGACGUGCCACAGUCACGAGCUUCGACCCCGAGCUGGGAGACGGGCCCGGCAACGAAGAGGACAAUGAGGAGGAGGAUACCAUGGACACGGACGCCAUGAUUAAGAAGAAGAAGGUGAAAGUCUCAAAGGAAGCAAAGCAGGAAGGUCCCGCAGACUCUGGGAAGCGCAAGGCGAAAGGAAAAGGAAAAGGCAAGGGCAAGUGAGAGGAGGGGGGGCGGGGGUGUAUCCGACAAAGCCCCCCAGGACACGAGGGACACCUGGAACGUGGGCAAGGCUGCAAACGGGCACUCUGAGGCCACGACCGGGCUCAGAAGCUGGUGACGAUUCAAAAACUUCCUUUCCUGCUGGUAUGCUGGAAGGAGCACCUUAUAUGCAAGUAAUCGAAAUCUGGUAACCACAUUAAAAAUAGCUUCCGCUCUGCAUAUCACUAAUGUGACGUGUUAUACAAACAUGUACCGACAGGUUCUGUAGAUGUUGGUAGAGAUGUAAAGCUGCACACACUGUCUUACUUGGUGGUUUUCACUGGAGCCUGUUUUUCACUCUUCCUAGCCAUGUGGAGAAGUUGUUUUACGAACUACAAGGACUCAAAUCUUAAAGGCUUAACUCAGACUUUUUUGCCAGUAUUUAUAUUUCCCAGCUGCUCAUAUCUUUAGAGUAGUGUUGAUGUCAUGAUGACUGGUGAUAGAGAUGCUUUCACUGGAUCGAGUUGUAAAUAUGAAGUGUACUAUUUUUUUCCCCCCUAAGUUACUCUUUGCUGGACUGAAAAUGAAGUGGUAAAGUAUUGUUUACCGUCAAUAAAAAGACUGAUGUUUUCUUACUUGUCUGUCAGUUUGAACUGAGAAUUCUCAUGUCCUGCAUUUAUUGCUGUAAAGGUUUUUGUAUAAUUUGCAAAGUUUUGAAGAAAUAAAAAGAUAACAUACUUGAAA